GGCGCUGUUGUUGUCAAGACGCCAUCGCACGUUUGCUAUUUCCUGAAUCGUCCAUUUUGAAUCCAUACGCCUUGUAAGAUAGUUGUGGUACCUGUCCAGUUGAAGAUUUUUAUUAUUUUAAGUGAAACUUAACGUGUUAAUAGAGCAGAAUGGCAGAUCCAGCAGCAGAAGGAGCUGCAGCACCUGAUGCUGGAGCAGCACCUGGCAAUGGAGUGUCUGGAGGACCUCCUCAACAUGGUGAAAGAGGUGGCUUUCGAGGUCGUGGUGGCAGAGGAGGAGGAGGAGGAUUCAGAGGUGGGCCACCUGGUAGAGGAGGAGGAGGAUUUAGAGGACGUGGUGGUCCUGGAGGUCCAGGCGGUCCUGGAGGACGUGGAGGUGGCGGUCCGAUGAUGCGCGGUCGCGGUGGAGGCGGCAUGGGCGGUGGAAUGGGAGGCGGUAUGGGUGGCCGCGGGGGCGGUGGAGGCCCCGGCAUGGGAGGCCGUGGAGGAUUCGGCGGACGCGGUAGAGGCGGACCUGGAGGAGACGGACACCGCGGCGGUGGGGGCAGAGGAUUCGGAGGCAGAGGAGGCAUGGGUGGCCGCGGAGGCGGUGGUGGCGGAGGUAUGAUGAUGGGGGGGAUGGGACAUGGAGACUAUGCCCCCUUAGGCAUGGGAGGUGGCGGCAUGAAAGAUGACGUCGGAGCGAUGGGUGGCAGAGGCGGCGGUAUGGGUGGCCGCGGGGGCGGCGGUAGAGGCAGAGGAAUGGGCGGAGACCGCGGCGGUGGCGGCGGAUUUAGAGGAGGUAGAGGCGGAUUCGGAGGCGGCGGCGAUCGUGGAGGCGGCCGCGGGGGCGGAUUCGUAGAUAGAGGAGGAAGAGGCGGCAGAGGAGGAUUCGGUGAUAGAGGCAGAGGAGGACCGCAGGGUCAGAAGAGAGGAUUCGGUGGUCAGGGAGGACCUGCAGGCGGUCAAGGUGGCCCAGUCGGUCAAGGAGGCCCCAAGAGGACCAGGUUCGAUGGAGGUGGACAGCAAGCUGGCGGACAGAACGGAUAUAAUUCAGGUGGCGCUGGAGGAUAUGGCGGCCAACAAGCGUACCAAACACAGCAAUAUGGCGGCAAUCAGGGAUAUGGAGGUCAAGGUGGCGGAUAUCAGCAGGGUGGAUAUGGCAGUCAAGGUGCUGCUGGAGGAUACGAGAACAGCGGAUAUACUCAGGGAUAUGCGGCGACGCCUGCUACAGAUUACUCUGGUUAUUCUGCGGGAUACGGAGCAGCUCCAGCGGCUGACGGAUACGCUGGCGGAUACAACAGCGGAGCAUCCGGCGGAUACGGCGCGACUUCGGUAGGUGGAGGAUACGAUGACAGAAGUGGCGGAUACGCGGCAGCCGGAGGCGGAUACGGAUGAAGAAUGUGGACAUCGUUGGACACUCGAGGUAUCGUAUUGACGAUAUAAUUUGAAAUAUAACAGACAGAUGGUUUCUGGAGUGAUAUAUAUAUAUAUAUAUACAGGGUGUCCGCAAAGUUGGGGUUUUCCUUUUCAGAAACAAAUACCCUUGAAAUAACAAAGGUAAUGUGUAGUGAAACGAGGGCGACCAAG